GACAGCACCAGCAACUUCACAUCUCCAACCAUGGCGGACGCUCAAUUCGACAGUGCGCUCGACCUUCUUCGACGCCUCAACCCCCGCGACACCAAGCAGAACCUGCAGGCGAUCACCUCCAUCGUCCCCGAUCUCACCGAAGACCUCCUCUCCUCCGUGGACCAGCCCCUCGAGAUCCGCCGCUGCCCCAAGACGAACCGCGACUACCUGCUCUGCGAUUACAACCGGGACGGAGACAGCUACCGAUCGCCCUGGAGCAAUGAAUUCGACCCCCCUCUGGACGACGGCACCGUGCCCAGCGAGCGCGUGAGAAAGCUCGAAGUCGCCGCCAACGAGGCCUUCGAUGUCUACCGAGAGCUGUACUACGAGGGCGGUGUCGGCAGCGUCUACUUCUGGGACUUGGAUGACGGGUUUGCCGGCGUGAUUCUUUUGAAGAAGGGGGUAACGCCGGGUGCGAGGAGCUCGGGAGAAUGGGACAGCAUCCAUGUGUUCGAGGCGACUGACCGAGCCCGCAUGUCUCACUAUAAGCUGACCAGUACCGUGAUUCUUCACUUGGCUAACGCCACCGAGGCGUUGGGAGAGAUGGAUCUGAGUGGAAACAUGACUCGACAGGUCGAGGUGGAUUUGCCCGUGGAGUCGGACGCAAGCCAUGUGGCCAACGUCGGUCGUUUGGUUGAGGAUAUGGAGCUGAAGAUGAGGAACUUGCUGCAGGAGGUUUACUUCGGCAAAGCCAAGGAUGUCGUGGGUGAGCUGCGCAGUCUCUCGUCCUUGUCGGAAUCCAGCAAGGAAAAGGCCACCCAUCUGGAGAUGAUUCGAUCCAUGCAGAAAUAAUCAGCUCCGGACAUCUUCGGGGCUGGAUAUCUUUAGCGAAUUUGUCAGAGCGACUGUUAUUUCUACAACUGCCUGUGCUAUCAUAUUGUCUUCUGUGUGUUCCACUGCACUUCCAGUUUCCUGUAUGUAGAUUUCUUGAGUUCAAGGUUCCUGGAGAUCCUAGAUCUAAUUGAUUGAGAA